CAGAUCCCCAAAAGUAUAAUUUGAGACAUCGACUAAAGAUGGCAUCUCCAAUGAGCGAAGGUGGAGUCUUCAAGGCGCCUCAAGCUGCGCAAAGUCAACCGAAGCCAGGGCUGGAAAGCCACAUGGCACCGCCCAGCGAAUCGACCAAAUUGGAGUCUAGCGAGGGACUGGUUGAAUAUGUUGGUUCCGGGAAAUUGAAAGAUAAGAAGGUUUUGAUCACUGGUGGAGACUCAGGAAUCGGUCGAUCAGUUGCCAUUCUCAUGGCGCGAGAGGGUGCCGAUAUCACCAUCGUCCACCUGCCACAGGAACAGCAAGACGCGGAAAACACAAAACAGAUGGUGGAAAAGGAGAAAAGGUCUUGUCUCCUCUUCAGCGGAGACUUGGUCAAGCGCGAAACGUGCUAUAAAGCUGUUGAGGAGCAUGUUAAGAAAUUUGGGAGAAUUAAUGUCCUCGUCAACAAUGCCUCAAAGCAAUAUAUAUGCAAGGACUUUGUCGACAUCGAUUUAGACAAGGUCGAAGACAUAUUCCAUACCAACAUUUUCCAAAUGUUUGCUCUAACUAAAUAUGCCCUUCCACACAUGACCAGGGGCGAUAGUAUUAUAAACUGCACUUCUGUCGUGACCUUCCGAGGGUCCAGCAGUAUGGUCGACUAUGCUUCGUCUAAAGGCGCCAUCGUUGGCUUUACCAGGUCACUUGCGCUCCAGCUGGUUCCAAAAGGAAUUCGCGUGAAUGCUGUCGCCCCCGGUGCCAUAUAUACCCCCAUUCAGGUCGAUACUCGGAGCUCUGAACAGAUGAGUGGAUGGGGCUCGAAGGCCUCCCUCGGACGUCCUGGAGAGCCGAGUGAAGUGGCUACAAGCUUUGUCUUCUUGGCUAGUCCAGAUUCGUCAUUUUAUUACGGACAAGUAUUGCACUGUUACCCAUUGGGCGAUUAGAGAAGCGCCAC